AUGAGGGCGCUAGUGGUAGCCGGCACUCAUGGCGGCGUGGGAUGCACCUGGUUCACCCUCGGCCUAUUGGCGGCGCUGCGGCGUCGAGGCCUCACGGUGCAGCCUCUGCGACUCGGACCAGAGCCGCUGGACGCGGCGCCCUACGUGGCGGCGUGCGGUCGAGAGCCAAUCAAUCUCGACGCAUGGAUGGCUCCAGGGGACCUAACUCGCGCCUUGUUUAACCGGCGCGCGGCCGGCGCGGAUGUAGCGGUGGUGGAGGCGGCGGGCGGAGUGUUCGACGGGUGGGACGGCGGAAGGGCGGACGGCACGGGCAGCGCGGCGGAGAUGGCGAAGCUGCUAGGGGGGCUCCCCGUGCUGCUGCUCCUCGACGGCCGCUCCGCCGUGCGCUCCGCUGCCGCGCUCAUCCACGGAUUCACGUCCUUUGACCCGUCUCUCACGUUCGCGGGGAUGCUUCUCAAUAUGGUGGAGAGCGAGGCGCACGCGCAGUGGAUGUGGGACGCGCUCUCCGCCGCCGACGUGCGCCUGCCGCUCAUCGGCGCGCUGCCCUUCCUCCCGCACCUCUCGCUCUCCGCCAUCCUCUCCUCGCCAUCCUCCCCCACCCACUCCCCGCCGUCCUCUCUCCUCUCCUCCCCGCUCCCCGACUCCCUUUCCUCCGCGUCCUCCCCGCCAAUCUCCCCCGGCCCGUCGCCCCAUCUAUUCUCCGCGCUAGCCGACGCUGUAUCGCACUACGUGCACAUUCCGCGCCUCCUCUCCGCCUGCGCCUCGAUCCUGCUCCCUCCGCCGUCGUUUCCGCUCUCCUCCCCGGGGGGUGCGGGCGGGCGGCGCAAGGUGGUGCGCAUGGGGGUGGCGCGGGACGCGGCGUUCUGCCUCGUGUAUCAGGAGAAUCUGCUGCUGCUGCAGGAGGCGGGAGCGGAGCUCGUGUUCUUCUCGCCGCUCGUCGACCCCCUUCCGCCGCGCCUCAACGCCGUCUACCUGCCGGGCGGCCGCCUCGCGCCCUUCGCGCCUCGCCUCUCCGCCAACCGCCAGCUCCGCUUCGGCCUGCGCGCAUUCGCCGCGGCGGGGGGCUUGGUGCUGGCGGAGUCCGCGGGCACCGUGUUCCUCGCGCACUCGCUGCAGGGCACGGACGGCGCGGAGUACCCCAUGUGCGCGCUGCUGCCCUUCACGGCGCGCGAGCUGCACGCGCCAUCCCCGCCGUCGUACUGCCUGGUGCGCCCGUCCCUGGGGUCGCCGCUCUUCGACCCUUCUCUUGCGCCCAUUCGCGGGUGCCUCAUCGCGGUGGCGGAAUUCACCCCGCUGUGCAACCACCACGCGCCGCCCCCCGCGCCCCCGCCGCUUCAGCGCCCCGAUCUCAAUGGGUGCGUUGACAGGGGCCCGGCGGAACGCAUUCACUUAGCGGCUCGAGUGGGCGCACGGGUGGGCGGAAGGGUGGGUGGCGCAAGGGUGGGCGCAAGGGCAGCAGCGCAUACGGGCGUUGCGCAUUACCGCUCGCUGUAUCCGUAUACGCCUUUCAUUCCGCCUCUUGCUCCCGCGCACAGCCUGUGCCGCGCUCCCCACUCAAUGGUCCCCCCCCUGCCCCGUCCCCUCGCUUCCCCCUCUCCCGCGCAACCGCACAGCUUCCCCACGGAGCUCGCGUUCCCCUCCGCCGUCCGCCGCCCGCUUCCUGCGCCCUUUCCGCCCAGCGACGCCAAGGACCCGCUCGCGGGCGCGGCGGGGACUGCGGGGGCGGACGGUUUAGGCGCGGUGCGGCGGGAGGGCGUGGUGGUGGGCGGCGCGGUGGCGUCGCAGCUGCACCUGUGCUUCGCGUCGAACCCCUGCGCCGCGCCUGCCGUCAUACAGCACGCGCUCAAGGCAGCGUCAGUUGCGGCGGCUUCGGCGGCGGCUGUGGUGGCGUCCGGCGCGGAGGCGGCAGCAGCGGCGGGAGCGGCGGCGGCGGCAGCGGUGGACAGAGUGUUAGACGAGCCGUGCACGCCGGACGCGCUGUCUUCCCCCCGCCGCUCCUGCUCCUCUGUCUUUUCCCCCUCCCCGUGCGCCUCCCCCUCCCCGUGGUCCCGCCGUCGGCGGAGCGAAAGCUCUCUGCUGCUCGCGGAUUGCGCCACUCCCCGUCGCGCCGGCGCUCCCACGCCCGCUUUUCCCCCCUGCAACGCGCAGCCAUCCCACCUUCCGCCGUUUCCGCCGCCAUCCGCGCGCGUUUUCCCGCACUCCGCGUCCGCCUGCUCCUCCGCGUGUCCCGGGUGCUGGGACAUUUCCCUAGCCUCCCCGCGCGCCUCCCCGCGCUACGCCACCCCGCGCGACGCUGCUCCGUGCGCCAGACCGCGGGAGUGCAGGGACCUAGGCCAGGGGGAAUGGGGCGGCGCGGCGGACGGCGGAGAAAGCAUGGCCGCGGCGGAGGGAUGGGGGGGGCGGAUGGCGGAGCAGCGCGGGUGGCUGAGACGGUCGGAGACGUUUGCGGUGGGGGAAGGGGGGAUGCGGGGCGUGGGCAGCGGAUGGCGGGAGGUGCGCGCGGAGCAGAGCGGAGAUGUAGCUUGGGACUCCGCGCAGGGGGACUACAGGGGCGGGGCGGAAAGGGACCGGCGGAACGGAUUCCGCGCAUGGGCGCAGGUUUACGGCAUCGGGGGGAGAAUGGGCGAGGGGGAUGAGGGGCGGGCGGGCGAGAGAGGCGCGGUAGUGAGCAGCGGGAGCGGCAGUUGCAGCAGCGCGUGCGACAGCGGAAGCGGGAACGGGAGCGGUGGCUUUCCCAUCACCAGCACGACGAGCACGAGCAGCAGCGGCAGUUGCGGCAGUGGCGUAUGUGAGGUGCCUACAGGGGCGACGCACGAGCGGAAAGAGAGCAGCGGAGGGAUGAGCGGGACGGGCAAGGGCGACGAGGUCGCAGCAGCAGCAGCGGCGGCGGUGGCGGCGGCGGCGGAGAAGGCGGCUGCGAUGGAGAGCGCCGCGGAGCGGAUUAAGAGCAUGCGCGCGGAGCAGAUGCGCGUGAUGGGGCUGGAGGGGCCGGUCCCCGCGAGCCGCAUGCUGCGCGUGCGGAGCGACCUGCGCGGGUACGCGGGGUGGGCGCGAGGCGCGGAGGACGGCAGAGACGGCAGCGGCUUCAGGGACGCGCGGCGGUCCAGCUGCGACGCGCCCUCUAACGGGGAUGAUGCAGGCCGUGGCUAUUACUGCAGAGGAGGCGGAGGAGGAGGCGGAGGCGGAGGGGGAGGGGGACUGCGGUGGGGGGAACGCGGCUCGCGGAGCAUGACGAUCCGCGAGAGCGAGGAGGCGGACGCCGCUUCCCCCUCGUACCGCCCCCUGCUCUCCAUCCCCUCGCCCUCCUCCGCCCUCGCCCCCAUGCGCCGUACCCGCUCCGAACUCUGGCCUGCGCGCCCCCCUCCGCUGCCGCUCGUGGCGGAGGGCGGGGCGGCGGAGGGCGCGUGGGGGCAGCGCGGGAGUGAGGGGAGGGGCAGGCGGAGCUGCGAAGGCAUGGGGGACGUUCCAAGGCGGGCGCGCACGCAAGUGGGGGGGAAGGGGGAGAGGUAUGCGCAGGGCGGGGGGAACCUGUGGGGAGAGGGGGACAUAAAAGGGAACGAGAGGAGGUGGCGGCGCGCGUCGUUGGAAGGGGGCGCGCGGGGAGGAUGGGGGGAGGUAUAUGGGGGGAGUGCAGUCGCGGUAGUGGGGGAAGAGGAGGCGGGGGAGGAUACGUGCGGAGAAGGGGAGACGGACAUGGCGAUUGUACGAGUGGGUAGCGGCAGCAGCAGCAGCAGCAGCAUUGGCAGCGUUAGUGGCGGAGGGAGUGGGGACGAGAGCAGCGGCGCAGAGGCAGCGAGUGAGAGGCGCGCGGGGGAUCUCGAGGGGGAGACGGGCGGAAGGAGCAGCGGGGAGAACGAGGGGGAGCAGUGGGCGGGGAUGGGGAGGCGGAGAGGGGAAGCGGGCGGGAUGACAGCCCCUGAGGGGUCGAGUGACGCUGUAACGUCUCCUCCGCGCUCGUCUGCUCCCCUCAUCCAUGCCACACAAGCAGCAGCAGCAGCUGCAUCUGCAUACAGAACAGGCAGCAUGGGCAGCGAUACGCCUACUGCUGCCUCGGAGCUGGCGGGAGUGGGGGGAGGGGUGCGAGUGGGCGCCAUGAGUGCACGAGCGUCCCCGCAGCAGCCCCUGCUGCGGGUGCGCCAUCUGCCCCUCGUUCCUGGGCUCGCGCCCUGCCCUGUGCGGAGCAGUGGCGCUGACGUGGCGCAGGGCGGGCUGGGGGAGGGGGCGCCUGGAGGGAAGGUGGGAGGGGAGCAGCGGGGCGCGGGAGAGGUGGUUGUUGGCAGUGAGGGUAGUGGGUGGGUCGGAAAGGAUAGCAAGGGUGGGGAGGGUGGGGAGCAGGACGCAGUGGUGCAGUGCAUGGCCGUGUGCUCUGCACUCUCUGGACACAUCCUCGCUGCUGCUGCCUCUUCUGCAUCUACUGUACCGCUCAGCCACCUGGUGCUCAACCUGGCAGACUCCUCUGUGCUCUCCACUCUCCUCCCCACGUCUCCUCUCGCCACCCUCCUCUACCACCCGCACUCACUACCUCUGCCUCUCCAUCUGCCUCUCCCCACCACGUCAUCUGCUCCCAAUGCGUCCUCGUCACACGACCAUCGCCCGCAGCAGCACAGUCGCAUCGCAACAGCAUGCGUGGCAGCGCAGGAGAGCGCUGCGGAGAAGAAUGGGGCACUGGUGUGCACGCAGGAUGUGGAGGGGGUGGGUGUAGAACUGGGUACAGGGGAAACAAAGGGUGGUGGCGCACGGGACGGGAGAAAGGUUGUUGCUGCGCCUGCAGUGGAAGCCUCUGCAGCCUCCCUUUCUUCAAAAGUGGCUCUACUUCAGCCGCGAUCGCUUGCAGACGUCCUUGAUAUGCUGGACGCUCAUCCCGCCAUCACUUGCCCCGCUUCUGCUGCCUCUACCGCCUCUGCUGCUUCUGCUGCUUCUGCUGCCGCUACACGUGCGCCAAGCGUCUCGGUGUCUGUGCUAAGAGCACGCAUUCGAGCCGUGGUUGCAGCAGUGGCGGGGCAGCCUACUGUGCGGGUAGCAGUGGUGCUGCUGCCCUCAUCCCACCCCACCUCAUUGCGCCCAGAGUCCAAUGAGGCGGGUCCAAAGCAUGCUGCAGAGCCUGUGGACCAGCAGCAGCAGCAGCAGCAGCAGCAGAAGCAGGAGACAGUGGUGGUGCCAGGGCUGUGGGUGGGGGACAUGGUGGCACUGGCAGGCGGCAGUGGUGUGGUGGCACAGGAGGCAGGGGGCAGUGCACAGGCAGUGCAGUGGCAGCAUGUGUUGGACAGCGCUCCUGACGCUCUGCUGCUGCUGCUGCCCCACCACGGUCCUUCCAUCAGCGAGAAAACCGUUUUCGGCGGACUAUCGGAUGCGGAUCGGAUCUUCACGAAUCUGUACGGGCUGCACGAUCCGUUUAUUAAGGGCGCGAUGCAGCGCGGCGACUGGCACCGCACGAAAGACCUCGUCGUCAAAGGCACCGACUGGAUCAUCAACGAGAUGAAGAAAUCCGGGCUGCGCGGGCGCGGCGGCGCGGGGUUCCCGUCCGGCCUUAAGUGGUCUUUCAUGCCGAAGGUGAACCCUGAUGGCCGCCCGUCGUACCUCGUGGUUAACGCAGACGAGAGUGAGCCGGGCACGUGCAAGGAUCGCGAGAUCAUGCGCCACGACCCGCACAAGCUCAUCGAAGGGUGCCUCAUCGCGGGGGUGGGUAUGCGCGCGCGCUACGGGUACAUUUACAUCCGCGGAGAGUACGUCAACGAGCGCAAGGCCGUCGAGCGCGCCGUCGCGGAGGCGUACGCGAAGGGAUUCCUCGGGCGCAACGCGUGCGGGAGCGGGUAUGAUUUUGACUUGUACGUGCACCACGGCGCAGGCGCGUACAUCUGCGGAGAGGAAACCGCGCUGCUGGAGUCGCUCGAAGGCAAGCAGGGCAAGCCGCGACUGAAGCCGCCUUUCCCGGCGAACGCGGGGCUGUACGGGUGCCCUACCACGGUGACGAACGUGGAGACCGUCGCCGUGUCGCCGACGAUCCUGCGACGCGGGCCGGAGUGGUUCGCGUCGUUCGGGCGCAAGAACAACAGCGGCACGAAGCUGUUCUGCAUCUCGGGGCACGUGAACAAGCCGUGCACGGUGGAGGAGGAGAUGAGCAUCCCGCUCAAAGAGCUCAUCGAGCGCCACGCGGGCGGCGUGCGCGGCGGGUGGGACAACCUCCUCGCGAUCAUCCCGGGCGGCUCGUCCGUGCCCAUGCUGCCAAAACCCAUCUGCGACGACGUUCUUAUGGACUUCGACGCGCUGAAGGCGGCGCAGUCGGGGCUGGGCACAGCUGCGGUGAUCGUGAUGGAUAAGAGCACGGACGUAGUCGACGCGAUCGCGCGGCUGUCGUAUUUCUACAAGCACGAGAGCUGCGGGCAGUGCACGCCGUGCAGGGAGGGCACGCCGUGGCUGUGGCAGCUGCUGGAGCGCAUGAAGGUGGGCGACGCGCUAAUGGAGGAGGUGGAUAUGCUGCAGGAGAUCACGAAGCAGAUCGAAGGGCACACCAUCUGCGCGCUCGGGGACGCCGCCGCGUGGCCCGUGCAGGGCCUGCUGCGCCACUUCCGCCCGGAGAUCGAGCGCCGUAUUGAGGCGCGCGCCGCUGCUGCUGCUGCUGCUGUUGCCGCUGGUGGUGCUGGUGAGUGGGUGGCGGGAAGAGGGAUGGGAGAGUGUGCGGCCAGGGGAUGA